AUGCAGCAGGUCUUCUUGGUCCUGGUUCCAAUGGUACUGCUGUCAAUGUGGUGGUGGGUCACAGUCUCAAUCUGCAGCUUGAGACACAGGGUAAACGAGCAACCGGCUAUCCCUGAUGAUGAUGGGAACCUUCAGUAUCGUGAAUAUCAGCUUGAUGACAUCAAGGUCGAGCACCAUCCCAAGAGUGGGAUCCCAACCAAAAUCUUUGCUUUCAAACCGAAUGCAAAGCCUUGGCGUCCUUUCAGGUCUCGUUUGGAGUUUGACAUUGCUGAAAUCGCCCUCGAAGUGGUGCUCAAUAAUGAGCAAACAGACCGUCUCAUUGAUAUAUGCUGUCGCUGCGCAGUGCAGUCGGAGAAAUUCACAUUCAAGAACCACAAGGAUGUUUGCGCCAAGUGGGACGCAGUUUCUCAGUGCCUUACAGGGUUUACAAAGGACGUGAUUUGGAUACCCUUUGCAGAUAAAACAUGGGACUUUGACGUCUACCAUCGUGAUCUUUGGGAGUGGGCUACUGACCUCCUCUGUGAUCCUCAUCUGUUUCCUUAUUUUCAUUUUGAUGCCCAGUGCUUGGUGAAGUUCAAUGGCCAGUCUUUCGAACAAUUCAUAGACAAGCCUUUUACUGCUCAAGACUUUUGGGAUGCUCAAUCGCAGCUGCCACAUAGUGCUAAGCCCCUUGCCUUCAUAUUGUACACUGACAAAACAAAACUAUCUAGUUUUGGAACUGCAAAAGGCUAUCCCAUUGUUGCUCGAUUAGCGAACUUACCCACCCACAUUCACAACAGUCAAGGAAUGGGUGGUGGUUACAUUGUUGGGUGGCUUCCUGUGGUGAAGGAAGAUAAAGCCCAUGCCGGCAAGCUGGCAUGGGCUAACUUCAAGGCCACAGUAUGGCAUAAAUCCUUUGAAAGGAUACUGUCUUUGCUCACUGCAAAAUCAAAAACUGGUCAAUGGUUGGAGUGUCUAGAUAUUGUUCAGUGCUGGUUUUUCCUGCUAAUACUCAUUUUAUCUUCCAAUUUUGAGGAACAGUCAACAAUGGCGCUUACUCACGGUGUUAGGGCCUUAUGGCCUUGCCCAGUCUGUCUUGUUCCCCAUGAUAAACUUUCUGAUAUGUUGCACUGCUAUCCAUGGGAGGCUGCAGAAGAGAGGGAGGAGGUAUUGAAAGACUAUGGACUUCGUGAUGUCAUUAAUUCAUUUUCAACAGUGUCCUCUACAGAUGUGCAUCAUGCAUUGUCUUGGGACAAAUUGCACUUUCACUCUGGCGGUCUAUGGUCUGAUCAUUUAUGGAAAACAUCUCAAGUAGACAAGAGUUAUCAAGCAUUUCCCCACUGGCGAGACCAAAAACAUCCAAACCAGGUCAUGAAUAUCUCGUUUACUGACAACUCCACGCAUGAAGACAUUUCGAAGGUUCUUAAUUUCUUUCACUCUACCUUGCAUCUACUAAAAUAUCACUACCAGAUGAUAGUAUAUGCGACCCACAAUAUAUUGACAGAGGCAUACUGUCCUCUCGGUUACCUGCUCCUUCAUUGUGUCCAACUUUACCUUGAACUUGAUAUGUACGCCUCACUCGAAGUUCACAUGAUGGAGACCAUUAGCAGUGGCCAACACACACACCUUGCAUUUGCGGCUCUUUUGCAGCAAUACAUUAACAAAACAGCCAAGAGUGACAAGAACUGGAAUUUCCUGAAGUUGCACAUGGGCUUGCACAUUUUCAAUGAUGUCGAGGCAAAAGGAGCAACACGCAACUACAAUACCAAGCCAAACAAGAAGAUGCAUGGCUCGUUAAAGGACUCAUAUUUGCUGCACACGAACUUUCAUGAUGUAGCAGAACAGAUCCUCCAUAUCAAUAUGUGGCAGGUGGCUGCAGAUCAUAUAUGCCACCGCUUAUUUGAAUUUGACGAUCAUCAACACCAAUUGGAUGAAGAAGACUUACUGGAGGAAGAAGACUUCCUCGCCACUGUCAUUGAGCGCCCUGUCUCAACAAGUAACUCCUUUCACAUGAAACUCAGAUCGAAGCAACCUCCGCUGACCUUUGAUGUGAUUCAGAUGGCUCAUCAAGCAGACCAAGCCUUCAUUAAUUUCCGUGUCAAGCUCAAUGAUUUUCUCUAUGUUCUUUUACCCUCAUUGAGCAUUCCAUUGCCUGAAGGCAAACAUAUUCAUCUCCGAGGAACUGAUGAGAUUACAGAGCACCGCUUUAUUUGCAUCAAUUAUGAAUCGAUGGUCAAUUGGCAUCAAAAUACAGACUAUCUUCGUUCCAACCCUCAUUUCUUUGGUUCACCACACUUUGACUGCAUCUUCAUUCGGUUGACUGAGAAUAAAGUCAUUUUUGGCUGGCUGGUCUUCUGUUUCGAAUGUCUGGUUGGGAAUAACACAUUUCCCCUGGCCCUUGUUCACCCUUUUGAUGUUCCUACUGGUUUGCACACUCGAAAGGACAAGGAUCUCAACCUUUACAGAGUUCGUGCAAGACCACGAGCACAGGCACAGUUUUUUCCUGUUAGAUCAUUCAUAUGUGGGGCCCUUCUGAUAGUGGAUGGACCUUCUGAUUAUCUCAUAGUUGAUACCGCAGAUACUGACAUGUUUCUUCACAUAAAGAUGAUGCAUCUGGAGCCAGGGCACAUCAUGCACAUUUGA